CGUGCAUGAAGGACGAGAUCGAACAUUUUGACAGACAAGCAUGCUGUGCAUGUGACAGCGAAAUUUAUUGUUUUGAUCUAGGGCCUAUUACAAAUUUUAAAUCGACUGUUACUAGUAUUCCAGAACCGUAUGGAAGAUAGCACUGGUAGUCAGCAAGCGGGUCAUAGUGAAGGUGAAGGACUGCGUCAUGACAUGGCAAAUAAUGUGGACAAAGUUGAAGCAUUGUUCCGCAAAGCUGAAUCGGACUUGGAGUACAUGUCCAGAAAAUUGGAGGAUGAAUUUCGGCAGCAACUGGGAGGCAAUAACCAGCAGCUCAAUCCCAGCGAGAUGAUGCAGCGACUGCAGCGGAUCAAGACGGAGUACAACAGCCUGGUGCAGGACGCCGAGGGCAUCAAGGCCAUGCAGUCCCAGAUGGCCAGCUACUUCAGAGCCCAGCUGCAGACGGCCUGCACGGCAAUCAAAGCCCUGCAGGAGAAGGCCCCACAGGCUCAGAUCACCGACAGCACUGAGCAGGAGGCGGUGGUAGAUUCCAUCCUCGGUCUGCGUCUUGGGGAGGCCACAGAUCCCCACCAGGGGAACGAGACAGAGGAGACCACCAAAGAGAACCCAGCACAGGAACCUUCGGGCAAAACAAAAAAAAUCUCCGGAAAUAUCACACCAGAGUUGUCUCAAGCGGACAAGAGAGCAAGGAAUGAGGGCUUCAUCCCACUAUCAGAGGAAGAGUUACAGUCUGUGUCGCCCUUGGUCAGAGGCCGUGUCAAGCUGGCUGAUGUCAAUGCUGUGUAUAAGGCAUUGUUUGAGCACUUCAAAGUGAAUGGCAACUCAGAAAGUUUGACCAUCCAAGACAUGAGCAAGAAGGGACUGCGGAUAACUGGAGCAACGGGAGAAGCUAAGUUAAAGGUCCUCCGGGCACUGAAGAUUCUGCACAUGUCCAGGAAUGGAGCCGUCAAACUUCUCUAAUUGGUCCAGAUCCCAGGCACAGUGACUUCUCUCCUGCUACAGACUAUCACAUAUCUGCAGGGAGUCUUUAGCUUCCAUUUGGCCCAUGUUGGGCUGAGCCCAGUGUACAAGGCCACUUAUCUGCUUCCUUUUUUCAAAGAGAGUAAAUUCUUCCAUUGAUUUAUUUCACUUUUCGCAGUAGAGGCUUUGAUGUUAACUAUUGGGAUUACUGUGAUGCCAGAAGAUAUGUUGCAUAACUCUCCUGAAACCACAUCUAUUGCUAAGGAAAUGUUCAAUCACUUCUUCUGUCGGUGUAACCGUAUUGAUCGUCAAUCAGUGUUCAGUAAAAGUGUUUACAUGGCAAAAUACUGUGACAUUGUCAAAUGUUGUAAUGUGCAUCAAACGAUAACUGUACUUGGCAUGUAAGACUUUUCAAGUACACAUGUAAUGUGAGCAUAACAUUUACUUAUGUGGUCUGUUUCCAUAAAGCUAACAAGCUGGAGGUGGACUGUGGAAUUCUCUUACAGUGCUUCGGUUAAAGACGUGACUUUAACCACUUGCUAUCGGGUGCUUUUAAAAAUGCAGUGCCACACAUACUGGAGAUUUUCAAGAUUUUC